AUGUCUGAGAAAUAUCAUAAAGAUGGACUAUACCGAUGGAAAAGGCAAACAGACAAUAAAGUGUAUUCUAGAUCACAGAAAGUGGCCACAACAAGUGAUAUUCAAAACUGGAUCCAGAAAGUUGAAGAUGCCUCACAAAGAGCAGCAGAGAGUGUUUUUCAGGGAAAGCCAUCAAGACCUCAUUCAGGGAAGAGAUCUGCAGCUCUGCAGACUGUGGCUCAACUACGGGAACACGACACAGCUCUUACAGAGGCCCAGGAUCUCCUGUCUCAGUGGAUGGAGGACAAGGUCCGUCUAGAUGUGGAUGAUGGCGGUGGGGAUGUCUUCACUGAUGAUGCUUUGUAUCAGAGAACACUAGAAUCUAAGGUCAAGAAGGAAUGGGAUCACAUGUUGGAUAACAACUUUGAACCUGUUGACAUGCCAAGAGUAGUGAAAGAAGACAAGUCUGAUCCAUAUGCUUUUCUGGAUAAAAUGGAUGAAAAGGAAGCUGUGGAUUCUAUCAUUGAGCAUAUGUUGAAUAAGAAACUAGUGAAAGAAGCAUUUACGGAGGAUCUCGGACUGGAUGAGUCAUCAACUUACAAAGAUCCCAGAACUAAAAUGGAGCUUCGACAUAAACAGGUGAAAGAGAAUCGUGAGAAAAGAGAAAAACAGUUAGAGAUGAAAAGGAGAGAACAGCAGGCUAGAAAAACAGCUCAAAAUCAUGCUAAAUUAAUGAUUAUGAAGGAAGAGAAGGACAAGCUAAUUAAAGCUAGACAAGAGGAGAUGAGUAUUAAAAAAGAAAUGGCUCGAAUAAGGAAAGAAAUGCAGGAGGAAAGACAGAAGCAGAAAGAGGCUAAAAAAAGUGAAGAGACAGAGAAGAAAACUGUGAUAUCAGAAGCCAGACUUAUGGUUGACCAGCAGAGAGAGAGAGAAAGAGCAGAAAGACUCCAAAAACAAUUAGAAAUGGAAGAAAGACAAAAGGUACUGAUUCAGAAAAUGGAGGAAAUGGAGGUUCAGAGAAAAGCUAAUGAAUUGAAGAUUUUACACAACUGUUUUAAAGCCUGGUACAAUGUUGUAUUAGAGAGAAGAUUACAAAUUGGGAAAGCAAGGGCUUUAUCUGAUUGGAAGCUUCUCCUUAGGGCUUGGAAUGGAUGGAGGUCUGUUGUGCGAUCUAAGAAGUUAGAGAUGGAAGCAAGGCAGCAUGAAAUUGAUGUGAUCAAAACCCACAGAAACAACCAGAGAGCAGAAAACUACCACAGACUUGUAUUACUGAAAAAAUAUUUUUUAGCUUGGCAAAUAUGGAUAAACCAAGAGCAAGAGAGGAAAGAAAUGAAAAACAUGCAAGAGGAAACAAAGAAGAAAAUGGCAGUGUUUCUAGAAGCUGCACAGGAGGGGAAGCUAUGGACAGGAGCUCAAGAUGACUCUAGUGUACCUAAAGAUGUACAAAAGGUGAAUGUUGAUGAGUUUUUCAACACACAACCAAAACGACCUUCAAGUUCUUUAAGUACAGUAUCCUCUGAUACGAACAUCUCACAUAAACAGAAAAUAUCACCUCCAAACAGAAUUCCAACACAGGCAUGGCAAAUAAACAGGAGACAUUUGAACUUAACUCCAGAAGAAAUAGGAAAACUAGGAGGAGGAGAAAAUUUGGUUGAACAGGAGAAGCCAACAGAUGUACAAGUCAGGAAGAGGUUUGGAACACAGCCAUGGAUGAACACAAAAUACAUUACAAAUAACUUUGAAAAUCGACACAAUUCUCAGCAAAAGAUCAUUAAAGAGCAACAAAAGCAGCUUCAAGAGCAAAGGAGAAUGAUAGAGGAUUUACAGUUUGCUCAACAGAAACAAAUGCUUCAACAGCAAGCAGACACUCAAAAAGAAAUCCAAAACUUGUUAGAUAAACAGCCAUUAUCAGAGAAAGUGUUGAAGGAAAGAGGAUGGCUGUCAAAUCAGACAGCUGCAAACAGAUCUGAGACAAGUGUAAAAACUCAAGGAAACAGAGAACACCACAAACAUCCACCUGAAACAAAUAGGUCUACCGUAAAUGAUGGUGAAAGAACAAGUAGAUCCAAUGUUUCCUCGAUUACAACCUCUACUGUAAAAUCUAACAGCAAGUAUCUAGCCCUUCAAAAGAAGAUGGAUGAAAGAGCUGCUGAAAGGGCUAAACUGAAAAUGGAAAGGGAAGAAAAGAGGAGACAGAUGGAGGAAGAAAGAUUGGAGAAGUUGAAAGCUGAGGAAGAGGAACUUAUACGAAAGGAGCAGGAGGAGAAAAAGGCGAGGAUUGCUGCAGUCCAAGAGAAAAAGAAACAGGAAAAAUUAAGAGAACAGCGAAAACUGGAACUGGAAGAGAAAAUGAAGAGGCUUUCUGCCAUGGCAGACGAACACUACCUGAAGUCAUUACUGAAAUACAAGGGCAUGCUUCGGUUUAAAAAACUGGUGGAAAAGGCAAGACAAGAUGAAGUGAGAGCUGUGAAACACUGGAGAGAAUGUUUGAAGAGGAAAGUCCUAAGACAGUGGAGGGACAAUGUCGAAGAAAUUCUGAGAGAGAAAGAGAAAAUGGCUGUCAAAAUGUUUGAGUAUUUACUGAUCAAAAGAUGUUUCAAAAACUGGAGACUAGUUAAGAAUCAUGUGGAAAUUCUUGAAGGAAGGGCAAAACGUUACCACAAUAGAAAUUUGAAAAACAAAAUCUUCUUAACCUGGCGUGACUGGGCACAGCAGGAAAAGAUAGAUAAUAUUGAAAAAGAGAGGAGAGCAAGGGAACAUUGUAUUUGGAGUUUGAAAUCCAGGUACUUUCACAAGUGGAGAAGGCAUCCAGAGGAAUUGAAGAAAGAGAGAGAACGAGAAAAGCGGAGGAAAGACAUGAGGUUGACAGUUGCUGCUCUUCUACCAGACUACGAGGGAAUAGGGAGAAAAAGUCAAAACGUGGAGGAGGAUGUUGAUUAG